CUCUUACCUUAUUGUCUUUGGGAUUGUUCCUGUUUUUUUUUCACUGUCGAACGUGCGUGCGGUUCGGUUCCUGUGGUUUGCUUCCUCGGUUUAGAUUAAAGGCUGGAUACGUGUUCGUCUUGUCUUUAGAAUAUUAGAAGAUCUGAGGUUGCUUGAGGCUCUCUGCAGGCAUCUGCUUCAGAUUUCAGUAAAUUGCCCUAGCACUUGUUGCUUUUUCUCUAGCAUUUGGAACGAGCCUUUUUGAAAGUUACAAAGAAAUGAGGCAAGAAGAAGUGGAUCGAUGCCAGAUCCAAGAGUGGUAUCCUAAAUUCAAGUCAAUGUCCAUCAAAACGCUUAUUCAUCGGCUUCCGGAGUCCUUUGUCCAGUACCUUCGUGGUGACUCCGGACCAUUUGUUCUACCCAAUUCUGUCACAGGCGAAGAUGCCUUUCCCAACAGGGUUCGUAAUCCUGUGGAUGAAGAUGAUCUUGCGGUUCCAGAAGGAUCUGGAGACGAAUCUGAGGAAUUCCCACCUCCUUCUUUUCCAGAACUCGAGUUGGAGGUCAAAGAGUCAAUCGAAUCGCUCGGGGGUGCUGUUUUCCCUAAACUAAACUGGAGCUCGCCAAAAGAUGCUGCUUGGAUUAGUGGCAGCGGGAACCUUCGGUGCACGUCUCUCAGUGAUAUUGCCCUCUUGCUACGCGCAUCCGAUUCGUCGACCCACGAUCUCUGUCAUGUGUAUGAUUCUUGCAGUGACAAGACCUCGUCGACGCCGCAGAGCUUUUUCCUUGCUCUACGGAAGUGGCAGCCAGCGCUUCGACCGGAGAUGGAAUUCCGUUGUUUCGUAAGGAACAAGCUCCUGGUGGGGAUCUGCCAACGUGAGGUUACCACAUUUUACCCGGUCCUCCUCGAGAAGAAGGACCACCUUAAGGUUUUGAUCGAGGAUGUCUUUCAAAGCGAAAUAUGUCCGAACUUUGAAUCGGAUAAUUACACGUUUGAUGUUUAUGUCACAAAGGAUGGGAGGGUUAAGGUACUGGAUUUCAACCCUUGGGGGGCAUUCACGCUGCCGCUCCUCUUUUCAUGGGACGAACUGAGCGAAGGGGACGAUGAAGGCGUGGAUUUUAGAAUUGUGGAGAGUCGGUGCGCAGUCCGACCUGGAUUGAAAACAGCUGUGCCGUAUGACUACUUGGAUACAAGUCCUGGGAGCGGUUGGGACCAGUUCCUGAGAAAUGCGGAUGAGGAGCUGAGGAGACAAACUGAGGAGUCUCCAGGAGCCGGCGCUUAGCGAUUGAAUUUCGGUCGGUUUGAAUGCACACGCAAUGAUCUAUAGCUCCUCCUUAGGCAUGAUUUCUGUAAUGCCUAGAGGUUUGAAGUCGUUCCUUUUUGUAAAUCCUUCUCUAUUGCUUUCUUUUGGUAUAAGGAUACAGUCAGCAGCUAGCUGAAGUAUAUUAUCCUCCAA